UUUCGCCUCUUGGUCUUUUUGAGAUCUUUGUUCACCAGUGCCAACUACUACUUACAAAUCAUACUUGGUGGAUUCCAGAGUCACCGGUGUGGUUACUUUACAACAGGAAGGUUCCAAAAGCAGAAAAAAUAUUGAUGGAUGCUGCCAAAAUAAACCAGAUAGUGUUAUGCAGCGAUUUUAAAAUAAGGCCAGUUGAUCAAAGAGCUUAUUGCUGCUUGGAAGAAGAUUGGAGUUGUCUGACAAUAUUAAAUACAUUUAAUAUAAGAGUACUCGUGCUCGUCAGCCCGUUGCUUUGGAUGCUGCAUUAUUCAUUAUGGACGUAUUUACACAUCAAAGUAUACAGCCAUGCCCUCAAGAUGAAGCUGUUAGAAGUUGUCGCCAGCGCACUUUUUAUUGGUGUUCUAAGUUUUGGUUUGGCGAAGAUAUUCAAACUAAGAUAUGUGUUGGUGAUUAACAUAUUGUUGAUGGGUUCUUCAACUGCAGCAUUUGUGUUUUUGGAAAGAGUUAAUAUCGACAGAACUCUCUUGGACUUGUUAUCAACCAUCGGCUGGGCUUCAGGACUAGUUGGCAAUUCCUUGCUUAUAAACAUAACGCCCAGAAUAUUUGCUGUGAACACAAGAGCGUCGGUAUUUGGCUGCUGUCAUGCUUUCGGUCAAAUUGGGGCAAUAGUCUGCUAUCUUGUCUGCACGCUGACAACUGUAGAUGACAUUGUAUUUAUUGUGACAGUUCUGGCAGUGACAUUAGUGAUGGCCACCCUCUGUUUGUUGUUACCGGAUGUCGAUAAAAGGGAACUACCGGAUACUAUGAUGGAUACGGAUUAUUUUUCAGAAUUAUCAAAACCAUUGCGAUGGGUUUCACAAAAAACCAAAUCGCCGUCGUACGAGGAAAAAGAAAUGCGAAUUCAUUCUUUCGGCAGUGGCGGCCACAAUGUCUCCGUAAACACCAACUCUCGAGAUAACCUGCCAGCACAACGUAUUGGUUUUCGAAAAGUUCUGGAUGUUUCUCUUUGUCCGACAUUUUGUAGAAAAUAGUUGUAUAUUUCUAUUACA